AGAUCACUGGCCGCACAGGGUGGAACUAGAAAAAUCAUGGCAAUCGCGAAAUUCUUGCUGAUCGGCAGCCUGUUGGGUGUCUCCGUUCGGGAGAUCUACGGCCACGGUAUGAUGAUGGAUCCUGUUCAAAGGAGCAGCGCCUGGAGGAAGGGAUUCCCGGUCGAGCCGAAUUACAACGACAACGAAUUGUUCUGCGGAGGAAUGAACGUUCAAUUCGAACAGAAUGGCGGGAAAUGUGGCGAAUGUGGUGACAAUUAUGCUCUCCCGCGAGCCAGACCGAACGAAAAUGGCGGGAUUUACGGAACUGGGCUGGUCGUAAGGAGGUACAAUCGCAGCGAGACUAUCAACGUUAACGUAAAGUUAACCGCCAACCAUCGUGGAACGUUCAAGUUCGAUUUAUGCCUGCUGGAGCGGUCGAACGAACUCGAGACCGAGGACUGCUUCGGUCGUCACCCGCUUCUAUUAGCAGACGGAUCGAGCAGUGUGCCAGUGCCCUCCACUCGGAUGGAGUUCAACGUGCCGAUUCGUUUACCUGGCAACGUCACGUGCGAUCGCUGUGUGCUCAGGUGGACCUACCGUGCCGGGAACAACUGGGGCGAUUGCGGUGACGGUCAAUUUGCUAUGGGCUGCGGACCCCAGGAAACGUUCAAGAACUGCGCCGACGUCGCCAUCUUAUAACCGAGUCCUUUAUAAACGAUCCCCCCGAUGAUCAACGAUACC